UUUGACCAGCAUCCGUCCUCACCCACACCUGAGAAACACAGCUGACUACUUUUAACUGUGUGAAGAAUCAACGUAUCUUUUCCUGUACUCUGUGUCAAUGGUGUAGAAGAUCAGGGGGAAGAGAAAUUCAUUAGAAGUGUGGCACCAUGCUGGAAUUAAAUAAAGUGGCCCCCCUGUUGUGUCUCCUGACUUCAGUGGCCCUGGUCCAAGGAUCUGUGAGGACCAGGAGUCCGUCAGACCGCAGCAGGAGAGCGUCCAUCAAUGCAUUUACUAAUGUACAGGCAACAGGCGUGACAGAGUGGACAUCUUGGUUCAACAUCGACCAUCCUGGCGGGAACGGAGACUACGAGCGUCUGGAGGCGAUUCGUUUCUAUUACAGAGAGAGAGUUUGUGCGAGGCCCACGGCCAUGGAGGCUCGUACUACAGACUGGGUGGCAGCUGCAGACACCGGGGAAGUGGUCCACUCCAGUCUGGAAAAGGGCUUCUGGUGCAUCAACAAAGAACAGCCCCAUGGUCGAAUCUGUUCCAACUACCACGUCCGCUUUCAGUGUCCUCCAGUGCAGAGUUACUGGACUGACUGGAGCGAGUGGGGUCCCUGUUCCACCACGGUUUGCAACGAUGUAGGCGUCCAGGUUCGCCAGAGGAAAUGUAUGAGCACCCAGCCCAUGCCUCUACUGCUGGUACUGGCAUGUCAAGGACACCACUCAGAGAGAAAGGAGUGCUCCACACCUCCAUGUACAGCUAAGUGGGGUCCAUGGGGCCGAUGGGGGACAUGUUCUGUGACCUGCGGUGGAGGUCGUCGGAUCAGGAGGAGGACCUGUGUGAGGACGUCCGAGACGGUGCAGUGUAAAGGACGGCCUGCUGAAGUCCAGAAGUGUGGGAAGAGUCCAUGCCCAGCCAAAUGCCACCUGGUUUGCGCCGAGGGCCGCCCUAGUGAGGACUGCAGCCGCUGUGUGUGUGACGGCCAUAUGGUGCGUGGUGACGUCCACAGUGUGACGGGUGUCCCUGUGGCGGGGGCCUGGGUGGCGCUGGCCAAUCAGCCCAAGGUGAUCCGUGCCCGUACAGACGCCAAAGGUCAGUUUAGACUCCCGGGAGUCUGCUCUUCCAGCCCAACCUCGCUCUCCAUCAGGAAGGAGAAAUUUGCCCCAACUACAGUGUCUACAUCCAGCAACACCACAGGAUUAUCCUGGGUACGGGCUGUCCUCAAAACAGCAGAAAAACCAUAUAUUGUGAAGCACCCGGAGGAUAAAGUACGUUAUGAAGGUGGACGGGUGCUUUUGUGCUGCAAGGCUACAGGAUCACCAAUGCCUGACAAAUACUACUGGUACCAUAAUGGGACUCUGCUGGACAGAAAAUUGUAUAAAUAUGAAGAAGACCUGGUGCUGAGGGACCUGAAGCCGGAACAGUCUGGACAGUAUUACUGCAAAACCAGCAGCUCAGCAGGCACCAUCAAGUCUUCUCCAGCUUUCCUCACUGUGAUUGCCAAAGGAUCACCAGCAUGUAAUUCCACCCCUGAGACACACCUCGUCAGAAUGCCCGUGGACUGUGUUCAACCUGGGACGGACUCCACUUACUAUAACGCUGGCCGCUGCCCUCACAACAAAUGUGCCGGUUCGUUGGACUUUGACAUGCGCUGCAGAGAUGGAUCUACAUUUUGCUGUGGAGUCCAACAAAUGGAGAGUCGAACCAUUGAUUGUGGUAGCUAUACCCUCCCUAUCAAAACUGUGACACAGUGCAGCUGUCAGAAGUGUGUUGAACCGACUGUGCUUGUUCGUGGCAGAGUGGUCACAGCGGACAAUAAUGAGCCUCUGCGUUUUGGGCACAUCUACAUCGGAAAAGAGAGGGUGGGCACAACUGGAUACCAAGGAGAUUUCACAUUACAAAUUACUCCUGACACACACAGAUUAGUUGUGAAUUUUGUUGACCCCACUCAAAAUUUUCUUGACACUCCUAAAGUGUUCAUCUUUGACAAGAAGGGUGGAUCAAUCUACCAUGAUGUGAAGGUGAUGAGAAAGCAGAAACCAAUUGAUAUCAAUGCAGGAGAGAGCAACUCUAUUAACUUAGGUGAAAUCAUAGGGGAAGACCCCAUAGGCCAGUUAGUUAUCCCUGCCAAUUCUUUUCACAAGGACGAUGGAGAAAUCUAUGAAGGGACAGUAAAAGCCAGUGUCACAUUCAUUGAUCCAAGAAACAUCACCACGGCAGCUGCAGCUCCUGGUGACCUCAACUUUGUGGAUGAUGAAGGUGACAUGCUUCCCUUGAGGACCUAUGGCAUGUUCUCUGUUGACUUUAGAGAUGAAAGCAACCAAGAGAUACUUGGAGCUGGAGGUGUUCAAGUUCUCCUCGACACACAGCAUGUCAAAAUGCAGGAGCACAUUCCCAAAAUGAAACUGUGGUCUUUAAACCCAGACACAGGAGUCUGGGAGGAGGAGAGUGACUUUUCCUACACCACAACAACCACAGGAGGACACGGACGGAGCAAACGAGAGGAGCGCACAUUCCUAAUUGGUAACAUGGAGAUCCGAGAACGUCGUCUGUUUAAUUUAGAUGUGCCUGAAAACAGACGCUGCUAUGUCAAAGUCCGUGCUUACAUGAGUGACAAGUUCCUUCCUAGUGAACAGCUGGAAGGGGUCGUAAUCAGCCUAAUAAACCUGGAACCAAAGCCUGGAUAUUCAUCUAAUCCUAGAGCAUGGGGCCGUUUUGACAGUGUCAUAACUGGAUCCAAUGGGGCCUGUUUACCAGCUUUCUGUGAUGCCCAGAGGGCUGACGCUUACACAGCUUAUGUCACAGCAAUGAUGGGUGGGGAAGAGCUUGAAGCUGCCCCGUCUUCCCCUAAGAUGAAUCCAAACAUCAUUGGAGUGUCACAGCCAUACCUGGACAAAAUAGACUACCAGAGAUCAGACCAUGAAGAUCCAGCUCUGAAGAAAACAGCGUUCAAAAUUAACUUGGCAAAGCCUAACCAGAAUAAUCUUGAUGAGACCAAUGGGCCAAUAUAUCCAUACCAGAAUUUAAUAGCAUGUGAAAAUGCUCCUCCUGAUGCAAAUCAUUUCAGAUUCUUCAGAGUGGAAAAGGACAAGUAUGAAUAUAAUGUUGUGCCAUUUGAAGAGAAUGAUUUGACAACCUGGACAGGAGACUACCUCUCCUGGUGGCCGAAUCCCCAGGAGUUUAGAGCAUGCUACAUUAAGGUGAAGAUCCAUGGACAAAAGGAGGUAAUGGUUCGUUCAAGGAAUCUUGGAGGAACACACAGAGAAACACAAGGCAAACUUUAUGGCAUCAGAGACAUUCGCAGUACCAGGGACAUGCGGGAAGCCAAUACCUCGGCAGCCUGUGUAGAGUUCAAGUGCAGCGGCAUGUUGUUUGAUCAAGCUGAGGUGGACAGAUCCCUCAUAUCUGUCCUUCCACAGGGAAACUGUCGCAGGAUCAGUACCAACAGUCUCCUGCAAGAAUACCUCAUCAAACAUCCACCAGUUGCUCAGAACAACGAGUCCCACGCUUUCACUAUGUUAGCCCCUGUUGAUCCUUUAGGCCACAACUACGGCAUCUACACAGUAACAGACCAGAAUCCAAGGGUGGCCAAGGAAAUUGCUAUUGGACGCUGCUUUGAUGGCACUUCAGACGGUUUCUCCAGAGAGAUGAAAUCAGACUCUGGAGUGGCAUUAACCUUCAGCUGUCCAGAGAGGAAAAUUAACAGGGAAAGUCUCUUCCAACGCUUGCAGACGAACCCAGGUCAGACGCUGUCUCAGAUGGCAAGAGACAUGAGGGAGAUGGAGGGUCUACAGGUGCAAAGAUCAUCCACCCGGGUGGUGGCCUAUCCUUCAGAGCAGCAGGGCAGGACCCAGAGCCGCAGAGUCAGCUCUUCAUUUAGGAGAAGAGGGUCCAUGCGCAUACAGCAACGCCAAUAAAUGUGUCAAGUAGGUUUAGAUUAGAUAAUAGGGUUUUUGUUUCCAUUGGCAGUAAGAUUAGAAUGAAUUAAGUUUCUUUUCUUUUAUCUUUUCUACGUAGGUCUUUAGUCAAGACUGAUACGAUGAUAUGAAAAUGAGGAAUUUAUCUGUUGAUGAGCAUGAACUCCUUCUGACUAUGAAAAUCACAAAACCAAAGCCACCAUCGUUGAGUGUGACUGAAGGUAUUCAUUAGUCCUAUAUUUACUUGAAGAGUUUGGAAAAAGUAACAGAAAUAAUAUCUAUUCACCUUCCUAAAAGACCUGUGCAGAGUACCACAGAAAGUACUAUUCAUUUAAUAAUCCUUGGUCUUUAAUUUAAUAAAGAGAUUACAUUAAUGUCACAGAUUGUAACUUUUAUACCUUCAAUUUGUGGAUUUCCACAAACUGACUGGAAGCCCAGCCUUAAA